AUGAGGCGUGUCGUGAUAUUCGGCGCGACCGGCAACACCGGUCUCUGCGCCCUCAGGUCAGCCGUGGAAGCCGGUCUGGAGGUGAGGGCCUUCGUGAGGGACGAGGCCAAGGUGCCCGACGAUCUCAGGAGCAAGGUCGAGCUGACCGUGGGUGACAUCACGAAUGCGGAGGAGGUUUCCAGAGCGGUGGACGGCAGGGAUGCCGUCGUCGUGGUGCUUGGCACCAGGAACGACUUGAGUCCCACUACUGUGCUGUCUCAAGGCCUGCGGAACAUAGUAGACUCCAUGAAGGCGCACAACGUCGAACUGAUCUCCGUAUGCCUGUCCGCAUUCCUGUUCUACAAACCCGACGCGGUGCCCGCGAUAUUUAAGGACCUGAAUGCCGACCACCAGCGGAUGUUCGACAUGAUCAAGGCGAGCGGCCUAAAGUGGGUGGCGAUAUUGCCGCCGCACAUCGCGGACACGCCCAGGUCCAGGUACACGGUCACGUUCGAUUCGUCGCCCGGACGUGCGAUCUCCAAGCACGACCUGGGUGCGUUCCUGGUCGAGUGCCUGAGGCAGCCCGAGUACCACCGGAAGGUCUGCGGCAUCGCGACCACCUCAUGAGGACGACGCGAGGACGUGGGAGUGCGUAAAUAACGAGAUGCAUGUGCCACGUUUUUUUUUUCUCUGAUGGAAAAAUAUAUUAAUCGCAUCCGUUUAUUACAAAUUACGCAAUUACGUUCGAGCGUUGCAGCGUUCGCUCGCAGGGUGAAUUGCAGCUAGACAAUAGUAGACAAUAAGGGGAGAAGCGAGCGUGCUCGCGUUGCUCUCUGUCGCUGGAGCACGACAGAUCACGGGGGAAGCAUGAAAUAAAUAAAUAAAUAAAUAAAUGGAA